UAAUAGUGACUUUUCGUCAGGCUGGAAUUUUUUCCUGGAUAAUAUAAUUUUUCUAUUAUUUACGCUUUCAAACAAAUGGAGACGUGCAUUAGAGGAUUUUCUUUUAUGCCUGAAAAAAUUGAAACUUCAAAUUUACAGUAUGUAGAUAGUGAAGCUUUGGAACAUACCUGGAAGCUGAGUAGGCGGGAAAGAGCAAAACAACAGGAACAGAAAAUUUGGGAGGAAUUUGUCAAUGAACAAGAUGUGGUUACUAAGAUUUGUAAAGAUGAUCCCUACCAAUUUAUUGAUCAACUCUCUGAGGAGAAACUCAAGGAGCUGCUCGAGAUUGAACUGCAAAAGAUGAGGAUAGAAAAGGAAGAGGAAGUUGUAGAGGUUCAAGAGCUAGUAGUUCUAACUGAAGAUAAGCAAGAAAAUGAAGUGAGUGAUAACCAUCAUGUGGUGUUUGUAGAAGAGAAACAGAGGGAAGAUGGUGAAAUGUUUCGCAUCUUUGAUGACCAGAAGGAAGAUGAUGUUUCAGGGCCCGAAGAUGAACUUCUGAACGACUCUCUAAGUCCACCGUGUACGGUUAGAGAGAGACAGUCGCCGGUGUCGCGGCAACUGAGCCCAGAUAAACUUUCAAGCUCAAAAUCAUCUGAAAACGUGACGAACAUGAUCGAGAGCAGCAUCUACUGCGCCAAAGUGCGCGACCUCAGGAUGAAGAUACAAGCAGAGCUGGAGGAGAUCAUAACGGCAUUAGAACAACAAGACAUUGUGAAUCUGGACCCGGCGGAUGUGCCGAAAAUGAUGAAACGCUCCGUCGAGUUUGCGUCGCGGUUCAACAGGAUUCACAUGUAUCAGUUGCAUAGACAGAUACAAGACAUAAAGCGCGUGACGUCACAAGCGUUACCGUUCGCUCGCCGCACGCACUUCCAAGCGCAGAUGGUGCGUGCCGUCUCAUUGCAUCAUAAUGCACUGCACUCUGUACAGGUAUUCUCAAAGUCGUUUCCACAAACGCGUUGCAUACGCGACAGUGGCGCCAUGUUACGCGCUCUGACGCAACUGUUGCGUGACGCGUGUGACGCGUGUAGGGAGCUGACGGUGCCUGACGGUCUGACGGCCGCUAAGGGAUUGUUUUAUGAUGCCCUACCAAAUGUGUGCGACAAGUUGAACACCGUUCUUGAAGAAUACACAACUAAACUAUCCGAUUAUUUGAACAGCACUGAAAAUACUAGUGCGUCAUGUUCUCGGCGUUCGACGCGUCGGUCGCGGCGUUUGAAACGCUCGCUUGCGACGUGGUCUAAAUCUGGUACUAAAUCGUUCGGCGACACAGAAGGGCAGCUGUCGAUGUACUCCCUGGAAACCAUGAGAGCUAACUCCAACGCUAAAUCUAGUGUCUCUAAGGAUAACCAGUCUGGAGGUACUUCAAAGAAUCGCGCCAACAUGAGCGCUCGUACUAAAGCAUCUACGGAGAAGAGUGUACAUGUUUCUAAACGCAAGCGAAGCCCGAGGUUCCGUCGGCCGCUAAUGCGAGAUCCUCAAGCUGGUCAGGGUCGACCUAAACGUAAGACGGGGAAAGAUCUUGAUGUACCAACGUUAGUUGAAACUGUUGCUACCUGUACAUCAAGCCACAUCAGCCGGGAAGCUAGUCCGGGACCGAGUUUGACGAUCAAAGACCUCAUCCAGAAGAAGAGUAAAGAAAAUUCGCCCAGAUCACCUCGGAAGGAACCAAAACGGCUCAGAAAGGAGGCAAAAUCGCCGAGAAGAGCUGAAAAAUCUCCAAAAAGAUACUCAAAGUCACCCACAAAAGAAAUUAAGAAUGAUUUAUUACCAGAAGUAGAAAAGAUUGAGCAAAUCAUGGCCAAAUCGCCAAGAAAAGAUGGCUCUUUUAAGGAAAUUACUCCAAGGAAAGAGACUCCUAAAGUGGAAAUUAGAAAAGAGCCAGUAAAAGAUAAAAUAUUGACGCCAAGAGUAGAAAAGGCAGAAAGGGAAAGGGAAAAGGAAAUGUCGCCAAGAAGGGAGGAGAGGAGGAGCGAAAGGGAGAAAAAGACAAUGGUGGCUGCUGGAUGCGAAGUGACUACGUUACUACGACAGCUUUGUGGGGGUGAUGGUGUGGGGCAUAGAAAUGAACGUGUGCUCGGUGCGAAGAACGCGCAGCUGGUCUGCGUCAACGGUGGUAGUCCGCGACAGCCCAGCACUCCGCAGCUCUUGAGAAUACUAGAAGAGACGAUACAAAAGAAGACGCCCCGUCCUCUGUACCCACCAUCCAACAAAGACAUGGAGAAGUACCGCAUGUUGCUCAACACUCCGGAGCCUGUUGCUGAGCAGCUGCACCAAUACCGCACCAAGUUUGUGCAGCACAUGCUGACCAGCUGCAUGUACGCGAACAGCGCUGUGGGGAAACCCUGGGAGGUUAUCGGCAGAGUAUCAGAGCAACUUAUAGAUGACCUCAUUCUGAGCUGCGCCCAAGAAAUGGAACUACAGGAAUAUGUCCAGAAGGUGUACCAAAGUGAAACGCGUUGAUUGUACUAAAUAAUUUAAAUGUAUUGUUUUUAAUAAAUAUAUUUAUUUUU